AUGGUCCAGAAGGCUGUCCUCCUCUCUCUCCUGGCCUCCACGGCCCUCGGUGCCCUCAACAAGCGCUACACCUUCCCUCUGCCCGAGUCCAAGGGAACCGAGACCUUCGAAGAGACCUACGAGAUCGGCGAGGGUGAGGUCUACGAUGGAGGCAUGAAGACCUUCGGCCGUGGUGUCGAAUGUACCGGCCAGGACGAGGGUGAUGACAGCGAUGCUGUCUUCUCCAUCCUUGAGGGCGGUACCCUCAAGAACGCCAUUAUCGGUGCCGACCAGAUCGAGGGUGUCCACUGCCAGGGUGCUUGCACCAUCGAGAACGUCUGGUGGGAGGCUGUCUGCGAGGACGCUCUCUCCCUGAAGAAGGGUUCCGGCCCUUACAAGAUCAUCGGCGGUGGUGCCCAGGGUGCCGAGGACAAGGUCAUCCAGCACAACGCCGAGGGUGAGGUCUCCAUUGACGGCUUCACCGUCUACGACUUCGGCAAGCUCUUCCGCUCCUGCGGCAACUGCAAGUCCAUGGCCGAGCGCUCCGUGACCAUCUCCAACGUCAAGGCCAUCUCCGGCAAGCUUCUGGCCGGUGUCAACGAGAACUUCGGCGACAAGGCCACCAUCACCGACACCUGCGCCACCGACGUCAAGGAGAUCUGCACCUCCUACGAGGGCAACGAGAACGGCGACGAGCCCGAGGAGAUCGGCAGCGGCCCCAGCGAGUCCUGCGUCUACACCGAGACUCUCCCUGAGUGCUAA